AUGUGCUAUGGUAGGAAGACUAUAUCCCCAAGGUGUUCACUGAAAAUAGACCUUCAUAAGGCUUUUGAUUCUCUGCAUUGGGCCUUUAUCUCUGAUGUCCUCACUGUUAUUGGUCUUCCUAGAACUUUUAUUAAGUGGGUUGAAGCUUGUUUCACUGCUGCUCGUUACUCCAUCUCCUUUAAUGGGAGUCUAAUUAGUUUCUUUAAAGGUGACAGAGGAUUAAAACAAGGUGAUCCUAUUUCACCUCUUCUGUUUGUCCUUUCCAUGAAUGUCCUAUCUAGAAUUCUUAACAAGGCUGCUCAAAGAGGUAUGUUUGGCUUCUACCCUAGAUGCAAAAAAGUUGGUUUAACUCAUCUUACCUUUGCAGACGAUUUACUUAUUUUCUACAAAGAAAAUGAUGAACCCGUUGUGGGGGUUAUUAGUGUUUUAGAUCACUUUUAUGAAAUUUCUGGCCUUAAGCUUAAUGCACAAAAAUGUGAUUUCUUUACUGCUGGAAUCUACCCUACAAAAAUUGAUGAAAUCAAGCGAAUUAUUGGGUUCAACCAUGGUUGUCUGCCUGUUAGAUACUUGGGUGUUCCAUUGGUUUCUAGAAAACUUUCGGAUAAAGAUUGUGUGACACUUAUUGAUAAUAUCAGGGACCGUCUUCAUAAAUGGUCUAGAAGACACUUGAGCUAUGCUAGUAGAUUAGAGCUAACUAAAACUGUUCUGCUUAGCAUCACUAAUUUUUGGUGUAGGCAGUUAAUCCUACCUCAAUCUGUUCUUAACCGAAUUGAGCAAUUAUGUUCACGGUUUUUUUUGGAAAGGUUCAGACAAGGCUGCAACUGGUGCAAGAGUAAGUUGGGAUAA